AUGAAUAUUUUAAAUCAAAAAUAAGUACAGGAAACUUAAGAAAAAACAUGCAAAAUUCAUAAUCUAGAAUUCAUAGCAGUUGAUUUGGAUUUAUCAGACAAGGCAUAAAUUUAAUUCUUUUGUGGUAAAUGCUUAGUUGAGAAAUUAAAUAACAAUAAAGUGACCACUAUAGAGUAAUCAAAAGAUAUAAUCUUAAAAGUUAAAAUUUAGUAAAAAGAUUUUAAAACAAAAGAGAAUUAAGCAAGGCUCACCUAUUAUAAAAACAUCUUAGAUCAAAUCAUGGAUUUCAAAAGAUUCAUAGAUGAUUCAUUAGAAUAAAUGUAUAAAUAAAUAUAAUAAUACAUAUUUCCAAUUUAAAAAGAAAAAUAAGAAUUAAUAGAAUAUGAAUAAUAAUUAAAUUAUUUUGAAGAUAUAAAAUAAUUAUCAGAAUUAUAUUCAUAAGAUGAACAAAAAUCAAUUAAAUUAUAAGAAGAUAAUAAUUUUAUUGAUGAAAUCUCAAGGCAAUUUGAACUAUUGUUUAAUUGUUCUGAGUACUUUUAGACUUUAGAUACCUUUAAAAAUACAAAAGAAACUAUAAAAGAUAUUAUCUAAAGUAAUAUAAUUGAAUUAUUCCCCUUUGUGAAUAUCAAAAAAAAUGAUCCGGUAUUUUUGAUUUAUUAUUAAUAGAAAACUCCAAGUUUAAAUAGAAUUUGUACUAAUCAUAAAAAGGAAAUUAUUAUGAUUGAUAUGGAUUCUUAGAAUAAGAAGAUUGAAGAUAGAUUUGCAUGUGUCGAUUGUAUUUCUUAGAAUCCUAAGAUUAAAUAUUAAACAAUUGAAGAUAUAGAUAAAGAAUGGAAGGAAUAUAAUACAGAGACUGAUAAGCUGCUAAAGGAAUAUAAAAAAGAAAGUAGAGACAAAAAAUCUGAAUUAUUCAACUAAAUAGCACAAAUGAGAAAGAAUUAUAAUAAAAAAUUGAAUGAAAUUAGUGAUAAAUUGAUUACAGAAUCAUUCUUAUGUUCUGAUAAAAUUAACUAAUCAAAUUAGAUAAAGAAAAUGUCAAUAUAAGCAUUAAGUGAUGAAUAAUUAUUAAAGGAUUUAAAGUAAUUGAUUGAAAAGGAAAAAGAAAAAGUAUAAUAAAGUUAAAUAAUAACAACUUUAAAAAAUAAAGACUCUAUAUUUAAAAAGGAAAUUGAAUCUCAAUUAGAAUCUUUGUAAUAAUAUGAUUAAUAAGAUAUUUAAUAAUCAUUGGACAUUCUCAGGGAUAUUUCAAGUAUCAAAUUAUUUAUUGUUUAAAGUAGAAAAAAAUUUAGUUGGUUAGUUAACUGAUAUCAACUAAGAAAUCUAAAAAUGUGCAUAAAAAGAUGAAAAUUAUAAAAACCAAAUUAAUUUUAUCAAAGAAAUUUAAGAAUUAAUAGAUUAAGCUAAAAAAUAUUAGUGUCAAUUGCAUCUAUUUGAUUAGGCUAUCACUGUUUAUUAAUAGCAUAUUUAAAAGCUAGAAUACAUUUAAGAAAACAUAGAGAUAAAAUCCAAAGAUUAAGCAGUUAAAUCUGAAUAAUUAAAAUCCUAAUACUCUAAAUUAUCAAAUAUUUUGAAUGAAUAUAAGAAGAUAUUUGAUAAUAAUAGUACAGACUUAAAAAGGUUUUGCAAUAUUUAGUAAAUGGAAACAGAAAUAUUAAAAUUAACAGAAACUAAUAAAAAUUCAGAAAUCGAAAGUAAUUCUCUGUAAUUAUAAAUAGAAAAUAAUUUAAUUAAUUCAAUGGAAGUUUCAUUUUAGCAGAAACUCAAUGAGCUAAAUGCAAAGUUAUAAUUGAAUUUUUUUUUAUUCUAAUAAAAUAAAAUUAAUAAAUGUCUAUUUCAAAUAGUAAAACUUUCUUUGGUUAAAAUGUAAGCCAAAAAUAGCAGAGAACCUGCUUUCUAUGCAUAGCUUAGCUGAUCCAUUGAUAUCUGCACUUUACUCACCACAGAUCGAGAAAGUGGUCAAGGAGGUCAUUUAAUCUUUUUUUUUUGGUGAUACACAUAAAAAAAUGUCAGAAUAUUAGAGACUAGAGGUAGUAGCCGGAGGUAAGAGUAAAGUUCAGACAUAAAACAGUCCCAGAAACAGACCAUUGAUGAAUGCUAUGCAGAAUGCAGCUGAGACUAUAGAACCUAGUCAAAUAUAAAUAUUUUAGCAACUUGCUAGUACAUAUGCAACAAUACAGAUAGGCAAAAACAUGGAAAGUUUUUUUUGA